CUAUGCAAAUCUUUAUAAACAUUGUCUUAUCUGUCAUUAAGAAAGCACUUUGCUGGGGAGAAGCUGGGUGAUUGUUCAAAGGACAGAAAAGGCAGAAUUCUGUCCCCUGUUGUGUUCGUCAUUCAUGUUCACUGAACACCCGCUGCAUCUGGUUCCCAGCGCUGGGUGCUGGUUCACAGCACGUUUCCCAGCGGGAGUCCAGGGAGUGUCAGCCACCCCUUGCGCUCACAGAAGGGAUGCCGCUAAGGAGCUGCAGAAUCCUCCGUUCAAGUCCCAGCUGUGUCACUCACCGGCUGUGUGACCUCAGAUGGGUUACUUCUCUGAGCCUCAGAUUCUUUAUCCAUUGAAAAGAAGCUAUGGGAGAGCCCCAGAGCAGGGUUGGUCUGCGGAGUCAGUGCAGGGGGCAGAGCGAACUGGCCCGCUUUGGAGCAGGGGACCACGGACCUGGAGGUGGGAGAGCAGGGAGCACGCUGCCCCUACUGUCGGAAGGCCUGAACCCUGGCCCCAGGCUGGGCCUCAGGUGAGUGACAACCCACAGCUAUAUUCACACCCCUAUCCCCUACAGUGCUGGCUGCUGUGUAAGGGAGCCUGUUGCCUUCUCACCAUGGCCUGGACAACUGAAGAACUCCAUUGUAGAGACAGAAAAACUGAGGCCCGGGGCAGGCUCUUCAGGUGCCUCUUGGGAGAGGGUCUCUGCCCCGCUAGCGGCCCUCCCCGCGCCAGUCACUAGAGGGCGCCAGGGGCCUGGCAGAACUGGGGUUUCACCGGCUCUCCUCAGCAGGCUAGGCACCCCUCCAACACAUUCCCCAAGGCCAGGACGGGGAACAGUGUGGCCCAAGGGCUGUGCACUGCAGGGAGAGAGACCACAGGCCUGGAGGGAGGAGAGGCAGAGCAGGACUGGGGGCGAUCUGGGGGCCUGGGACUUCCACCACUCCCUGGGGAUCUGCGGCUUGUGCCUCCCUCCCGCCUCUCAUCAGCAUCUCUCUCUCUCUGCGUCCCCACCCCCAUUGGGCCUGGACCUGUCUCUCUCUGCAUCUCCUUUCUCGGUGGCUCUCUUCAUUUCUCUGUCUCAGGAAUUCUAAGAUUCUCUGGAUAGUCCUUGUCUGGGGGGGGGGCAGUGUGCCCCUCUCUGGCUCUGUGUCUCUAUCUGUCCAUCUCAUUUUUUUCUUUCUCUGUCUCUGCCUUUUUCUCUCGUCAUGUCGGCAUCUCCUCUCUCUCUCUCUCUCUCUCUCUCUCUCUGCCUCUCUCUUUUUUUGACCCUGUCUCACUCAGUCUCACAUCCUGUCCCUCCCCAGCCACCGCCACCCAUGUGGGCUGAGGGUCCCAGUCCCCUCCCUCCCACCUCCUCACCUCUGGCAGCUGCUCACGGCUCCCCAGUGCCGGCCUUGCCUGCCCGCCCCCCUCUUGGGCCUUGAGGGAGGAGGGGGCGGGGAAGGAGGGGAGGGCAGCCGGCGGGUCCACCCCUUUUUGCCUUUCCAGGCCGGGAGGCUGGGCCAGUGAGGCUUUUAACCAGCCUGGCCAGGCCGAGCCGGACGCCAGCCCUGGACGCCGUGCCUGGCCCCCGUGGUCCCGGCCAGCAUGCAGCAGCAGCCUCCCCCGGGGCCCUUGGCCCCCUCGGCCGAGCCCACCAAGCCUCCCUACAGCUACAUAGCCCUGAUCGCCAUGGCCAUCCAGAGCUCACCAGGCCAGCGAGCCACCCUCAGCGGCAUCUACCGCUACAUCAUGGGCCGCUUCGCCUUCUACCGCCACAACCGGCCCGGCUGGCAGAACAGCAUCCGCCACAACCUGUCGCUCAACGAGUGCUUCGUCAAGGUGCCGCGCGACGACCGCAAGCCAGGCAAGGGCAGCUACUGGACGCUCGACCCUGACUGUCACGACAUGUUCGAGCAUGGCAGCUUCCUACGCCGCCGCCGCCGCUUCACCCGGCGGCCGGCUGCCGAGGGCACCAAGAGCCCCACCAAGGCACGCCGCGGACCCCUCAGAGCCACCAGCCAGGACCCAGGGGUCCCAACCCCCGGGACCGACAGGCAAUGCCCAUUUCCGCCAGAGCUGCCAGACCCCAAGGGCCUGAGCUUCGGGGGCCUCGUGGGAGCCUUGCCAGGCAGCGUGGGCCUGGCAACCGCUGAUGCCAGGCCCCGACUGCACACGGAGCCCAAGGAGAUGUCGGCACCCAAGCCUGCAGGCCCAGGGGAGCUCUCCGCGGCCCCGUCGCCGUCUCCGUGCCCCGCGUUUGGCUUCCCUGCCGGGUUCUCGGAAGCAGAGGGCUUCAGCAAGGCCCCUGCACCUGUCUUGCCUUCGGAGGCGGGCAUCGGCAGCAGCUACCAGUGCCGGCUGCAGGCGCUGAAUUUCUGCAUGGGCGCCGACCCGGGCCUUGAGCACCUCCUGACGUCUGCAGCCCCCUCCCCUGCACCACCCACGCCCCCAGCCUCACUCCGGCCCCCGCUGCCCCUGCCGGCUGACCCCAAGGACCCCUGGGUGGCAGGGGGCUUCCCUGGCCAGGGAGGCUCUGGCUGCCCGCUGGGGCUCACCCCUUGCCUCUACCGGACACCAGGAAUGUUCUUCUUCGAGUGAAGGCAGCCCUGCCUCAGGCGGUCCCAGCGGGGCCCCUGGCAACGAUAGCCUCCAGGCCCAGCCUGGCUGCAGAAUCCGAGUUCUCGAGGAGCCAGUCGCGGCGGGCCAAGGACGCCAGGCCAGGAAUCCCGGAUGGAGACCGUGAACACUCAGCCAGGCCCUGGGGCCUCUGGACAAACUGGGGGUGAGGGGAAGGGCCCCUUGGGUGUGCUUUGUGGCUGUUGGGGCAAUAAAGCCGUGUGAUGCUGA